AUGCACUUCCACUCAUGCACAAUAACAUCGGGUGACAACAAAUCUGACGUCCUGGGGAAAGCGGUACUUGUUAUCACAUCCCUGAGAGCUGCAGCAAGCAGGCAACAUGAAGCCCAAAUCUCUUCCGUCGAGGUUGUUUGACAGGAAUCCAGCAGGAGCAGAGACUCUGAACGUACAAGCGGCGAAAUAUCAGCGCCAUGUGGACUGUGCAGAUCACCAAGAGAGUGUGUAUCACUCUAGUGACAGUGACGACCAUCCAGCUGCAGACAACAGCAGACAAAAUGAGAAGUCCCACCGAGAAAUUCAUCUUGCAUUUGUGUCAGAGAGGUAUGAGCCGCUGAUUGAUGACGAGGCACAAGCCAAGGCUACAGAAGAGAAGAAGAAAAGAAAAGAAAUGUACAAGAAAGUAAAGAAGAAUGUUGGCAAGGCACUGCGCUCCACUUGGAAGUGUCUUAUGCUCGGUCUGUACAAUUUUGCCCUAGGCUACUCUACCCCGAUCACAGUGGUCACUACUUUUGUGCCUGACUUUCACCCAGGCAGAAACACGACCUGAGCGCCAUGCAUCUCCUGCAAUUUCUUCACUGUACAUAUCAGUCAACCCAGGGACACUGACCAAAGACUUAAUGUUUAGAAGAUUUGUGCAUUUUUAUAUCCAUUUUUCACAACUUGCAGUCAUAAUAUGCUUAUUGUGCUGUAGGCAUCUCCAUGUUAAAGUCAUGCCUUUGUGAAAUGGGCCUUUUUCACAGCAGACAUUUUGACUGUUCAAAGUAGAAAAAGCAAAAGGUGUUACUUUUAACAUUCAUGAUGUUCCAAUGAACUGUCCCAUCCAUCAUUUAUUUCAUCAUUAACACCUGUAAUUUUCCUACUCUGACAGGUUGUUGAUGUUAAGUCAUGAUGUUCUGCUGUUCAUUCUUAAUGUAUGUACUCAUUUAAGUCUAAAUCACAUAUUGCUCAUGCACUUAUUUACCCCAGGCUUAGAUACUACAAAACAUAUGUGCCUUUUUUUUUAACACUUGAAUGUUUUUUAAUCAAGUUAUUUAGCUGGUGUUUGCAUGUGAGCAGAGGGAUAAUUUGGGACUGUGGCUCCUGCAGCACGACAGGAGUAUUUAAUGUAGCUGCAGAAAGUGAAUCAGGGCAGACGUCUCUUACAGGCAGGAAAAACUGAACAGGGUAGUGAUCCAGAGAAGUACCUGAAAAGAAAAGGAUGAAUAAGAAACCAGGCCAACCUGUCCUUUCAGAGUGGAGCAACUAGACCAAUGAUCAAGUUUUUUUUUGUUGUUUUUUUUUCUUUUUGUUUUUUUUACCAGUUUAAGAGGAUGCUCCGACUGAAAGGUAAUGGUGUGACUUUUGAAGGUAGUCCCAAACAUUUCAGUGUGUCUGUACAUGUGAGAGUUUCUUCAUGUUUUUAAAAGGUUUUGCAAGUCAUAUUUGUAAGUUGGUAUUGGGAUAAAAUGUUAAUAAAUUGUGUGUGGCCCUGCAAUGGACUAGUGACCUGUCCAGGGUGUACCCCGCCUUUCGCCCGAUGUCAGCUGGGAUUGGCUCCAGCCCCCCGUGACCCUGUACGCAGGAUAAGUGGUUAAGGAUGGAUGUUAAUAAAUUGUGCACCAAAAUUG